UUUCCGCCACAGCAGCAUUUGACAGAAGAUAUCCGGUUUUGUGCGGAUGGCUUGACAACAAAAACCAACGUUCUUUCCAAAUGGACAUGAAGACACUUAUUAGCAGCCGAAGUCUUCUACGCGGCGAUCAUCACUGAGCCGGAUCCAGACCCCGAUUCGCGAUUUGCUUGGGUCGACGAGGCGCAGCAACAGAGCACAGGCCACAUCAACCUUUUGUGGGACCGGCAGAGCCCCUUUUCUCAGAUCUGGCACCGAUUUCUGGAAAGCCGCGGUCUCGCCCGCCCGCAAGGUCCACUGGCAGGCUGAAACCACGAUCUGGUUCAUUCCGAAAGGGGUUCUGACCUGGGAGCCAUGUUCUGCGUCCAUCUUGUCGCUUUCCCUCGCGAGUAGGCGAUUUCGAGCUUUCUUUUACGAUGCCGAGCGAUGUGGAAGGGUUGUUGAUUGAGCCGAAGCUGGUCGAUGGCUCAGGCCCGCUUUCCAAGUGCAUCGCGGCCGCCAUGUCUUGGCUGGCUUCCAUACAGGCUGCCAGCAUCAUCCGCCUUCUCUCGCCAUGGCCGUCCAAAUCUGGCAGCAGCCAGCCCGACAAGCUGAGACCAACGGCAUAUCUUGAUGGCCUCAGAGGGUUCGCCGCGUUCUUGGUGUAUUGGCACCAUCAUCAACUAUGGGCGCAUGUGCCCGUGCAGACGAUGAGUAUGGAGUCGAGCUUUGGCUACCGGGGUUACCAUUACUUCGUCGCCUUGCCCGGAAUCCGCAACUUCUUCCAUGGCGGCCACUUCGCCGUCGCCAUCUUCUUCGUCAUAUCCGGCUAUGUCCUGUCCGCGAAACCCAUGAGUCUCAUCCACGCCGGAGAGCAGGCAAAGCUGGCGGACAACUUGGGGUCGGCGCUGUUCAGGCGAUGGCUACGGCUCUACAUCCCGGUCCUUACCACCACCUUCAUCUUCAUGACCAUCGUCCACGCCUUCGGCAUUUGGGUUGACCCCAUGAAGUCCAAGGAAAGCUACCUCGAGGCCGUGUGGGCUUGGUACGUCGAAGUGAAGCAGUUCACUUUCGUCUUCAGGGAUGGCGGCGUCCCGUGGCUCACUUACAACUUCCACCUCUGGUCGAUACCUGUCGAGUUCAAGGGCUCCAUUGUCGUCUACACCAGCCUCCUCGCCUUCUCCAGAUGCACCAGGAACGCUCGACUGUGGUGUCAGGCCGGGCUCAUCUUUUACUUCAUGUACAUCGUGGACGGAUGGUAUUGCGCCCUCUUCACGGCCGGCAUGCUGCUCAACGACCUGGACCAUCUCGCUGCCAAGGAUGAGCUGCCAGACUUUAUCUAUCGGUUCCGGCCGUACAAGAAGGCGAUCUUGUACAGCAUGCUGGCAAUCGCCAUCUACCUGGGCGGCUGUCCCGCGCACCGGUCUGAAGUUGAAGAGUUGAGGAAAAACCCCGGAUGGUAUCUCCUCUCGUUCUUCACGCCCCAGGCCGUCCUCGACUCGAAGUGGUUCUUCUUAUUCUGGGCGUCCGUCUUCCUGGUGGCCUCGGCCCCGCACAUCUCCUGGCUGAAGCGCUUCUUCGAGACCCGGUUCUGCCAGUACCUCGGACGCAUAUCCUACUCGCUCUACCUGGUCCACGGCCCUGUGCUGUGGACGCUGGGCGAGAGGCUGUAUGCCGCGGUGGGGUGGCCCAAGGAUUCUCGGAUCAACAACAUCCCCCAAUGGGUGGACAUCUUCCCGCUGCCAAAGACGGGACCGCUGGGACUGGAGCCAGCCUUCUUGCUGCCGCACCUAGUUCUCCUUCCUGUGACCUUAUACCUUGCGGAGAUCGUCACGAGGGCCUUUGAUGAGCCUAGCGUCCGCUUCCCGCAGUGGCUGUACAAGACGUCUACCGUGCGGCCGGCGAGGUUGCCCGCAUGAGAUAUCUGGGCCCUUUGCAAAGCCACAUUUUGUGUGACAUAUCUUGUGUAGGCUACACCGGCUGAUUAGAGAGUUAUUUGUACGUGUUUUAUGGCGUAGAGAUUGAGGUGUCCGGUGGGUUUUGGCUCCGUCAGGGAAAAGUCGUAUCUAAGGUCGAUUACUGGAUUGUAUGUAGUAUGUACGGAUACAGUGUAGGCAACCACUUCACUAGAUGUAUCGGAACACAGAGAAGGCAUAUGCAGUCUUAUUAUUCAUGUC